AAAAAUAGUUUCUUAAGACUAUUAUAACACAACAAAAAUACAUGUUACUAUUAAGCAUGUGGAAUAGUGUGGUGUUUGGAUUUUUUAGUGAUUGAUACACACCAUUUAAAGGUGUGUGUUUAGUAUGAUUAAAUAUCUCACGUUGUCCAGCUCUGUAAGCUAUAAAGGGCCAAACCUGAGACAAUUAUGCUCGAGUGUGUUUUUUCUACUUACCUUUUUACAUUCAGGAACUCUAGAUAAUAUUACAGAAUCCUCAUAUGACACUUCAUCCAGUGAUGAUUUUCAUAAAAUAGAGCUGAACUAUGCUUUGAAACCUGAAGAAAUGUAUAAGAAGUAUGAAAUUUACCCUUCAUUCGACACAACAUGGGACAUCAUUACAGGCCCUGAGUUUGCCAAUGUCCCGUUCCUGAAAAAAAUUGUAAGAUUGUGGAACACCACUCGGCGUCCAAAGAUAGUGCAGAAGAAACCUAGGAAAAGAAGGCAGAACACAACUACGACUAUAGCACCAACAAUGUCAGGGGAAGAUGUCAACAUUACAGUACUGUCAACUACAACAGUAAAAUAUGAGACAACGCCUCGUGUUUUGCAACCUGGGCAGCGACAUCCGUUUGUUCUCAUUGAGGGAACUUUGACUACAGCAAGGCGAAGACUGUUGAGAGGUGUCAUGAAACACACAACCUUUGUUUAUGUCAGGAAUUUUCGACAACAUCCUUUCAAGUACAGGGACAAAUUUUCUAGCUACUCACUUCUGAAAUUGAAAAGAGCCUACGUAACUUUACAAUUCUACUUGACAGGGAGAGAUGUAGAGAGAAUACUUCAGGAAAGGCCUGUAAUAAUGACAGGGUUCUGGAUGAGACAAAUGGCAGAGUUCCUAGCCAGGAGGUACAAAACUAUCAAGAGUCUUCCUCCAUCUGGUGAUAAGGUUUAUCAGUGGCCGAGUGACCUUGUACGACCUGACCUGGUGUUCUUCCUACACAGUCCACGGACAGGGACGCACAUCAAGGAAGACACUGUAGCAAGGCUUGAGAGGAUCAUUGAGAUAUAUCACCGGAUGAAUCCUCAAGUAAUAGACGUCGACCAAUCGUACAACAAUGCGACUGAGAAGCAGUACAGCCAACUGAGAAAGACUAUGAUUGACAAACUAACUCCAACUUAUCCUUGGGCACAUGAGUACAUCAAGUGUAAACUUCCAUCUGACAAACUAAGACGCAAGGGUUUUGGAAAAAAUAAAACAAGAGCAGGAACAGAAGGCGACCAAUUCAAUGUGACGGAUGAAACCACCGCCAGUGCAGAUUAAGUAAAUAUGUGUGAUAUGUUUUUGUACCAUAAAAUGUAUU